AUGUCUGAAGACGAAACUUACAAUACAAUAAAUUCCAGCAGUCAUGCAUCAUGGAAAAUGACAAAACCUCUGCGCUCUUGCGUUAGAUGUCGGCGCAACAAGACUAAGUGUAACUCGGCUGCAACGCGACCAGAACCAUGUAGUUCUUGCGCAAAGAAAGGUGUUACCUGCGAACUGGAAUAUGUUAUCCCUCCACAACGUUCUAAAGAACUUCGUUCAUUAUAUGAGAAUGUGGAGUAUGUCCGCUCAAAGCUGGAAAAGCUCACUGAUUCAUGCGGACAGCUGCUAAACUAUUGCAGGGCUAGUGUCGAUACGGCUUGA